AUGCGUUUCUCCGCUGCUCUCAUCGCUUCAGUCGCGGCCACGCUGGUGGCUGCUCACCCUGGUGCAGACCUCAAGGAAGAGCUUCGUGAGCGCCAAGAAUUCAUCGCAAACUCCAAGCGCACCAACUUGGGUCACUGUGCUGCUAAGCACAAGGCCCGCGGUAUUGAACAACGAGCCAUUGCGCGUCGUCACAAUGUUGCUAUGAAGAACGCCAAGCGUGGCGUCCUUCAGCGCGACCCUACUGACAUCAACAAAAGCCAUCUGUCUGAUGCUGGUUUCGACAACACCACUCCUCUUGCAGAUAUUUUCGCCCAAAAUGCUUCUUGCGUUCUCUCGCCCGAGGAGACAGAAGGUCCAUACUACGUGUCCGGUGAAUAUGUCCGCACCGAUAUCAGAGAGGUGCAAGGAGGCAUUCCCCUAUAUCUUGAUGUCGCCAUCUACGAUGUCGAGACUUGCGAGCCUCUCCCCAAUCGCUGGUUUGAGAUCUGGCACUGCAACUCAACUGGUGUCUACGCUGGUGUUCCGUCUGGUGGCAACUUUUCAUCUGCCCCAGAGAACCUUAACAACACCUUCAACCGUGGAUUUCAGCAGACUGAUACCGAUGGUGCUGUCCAAUUCUUGACCAACUUCCCUGGUCACUACUCUGGCCGUGCUAUCCAUAUUCACGUCGCUGUCCAUCCCAACGCUACUGCCCGCGAUAAUGGUACCAUCUAUGACCUGACUGCCAACCAUGUCGGUCAGAUAUACUUCGAUCAGGACCUCGUCGACCAGGUUGAGUCCUAUGCUCCUUACAACACCAACACUCAGCCAAUCACCACCAACGCAGAAGAUUUCCUUCUUGCCGAUGGCCUUGCCACUAGUGAUCCGAUCGCUCAGUAUGUCUUACUUGGCGAGGAUGUCUCCGAAGGGCUCCUGGGUUGGUUCAGCUUUGGUGUUAAUACCACAUAUACUCGCGCUAUCAACGAUGCAGCCACUUACUAUGAGGGAGGCGGCGUCUCCAACGGUGGCGGUGGUGGUCCUGGUGGACCGGGAGGCCCGCCCCCCGGUGCUCCCCCUAAAAUCUAA